CGGAUACCUACGCCGUCUAGGUUUCUGCCUUACUCGUCGCUUGCCCGCCCCGUUUCCCCGACCGAAUUGCCGCGAUAACAGAGAGCCUUCCCCCGGAAGGCCCCCGAAACCCAGGCGUCAUGGCGGACGUCCGGUCCAAGGUAUGUGGUUUCAGCUCUGCCCUCGAGUGUCCGGCGACCGCGUUGAUCCCUGGUCCCCAUGGUUGUCGGUGUCAAUUCUGGACGGCGAAAAUCCAUCGGACGGGACGAGGUGGAAACCGGUCGACCUGCGAUGAUGAUCUUCUGUGAUUUGGCGAUUUCGCAUGCAAAAAUACCCCCCGAGGGUGGAUGAACCGAAAAUAUCGAGAAUCCGAGGAUCAGAAACACGAAGAAGAGGAAGAAGAACAAAAGAAAGACAAAAGAAAAAGCCAUGCUGACGGAUGUCUCAUUCUCACAGAACCUCUACGAGCUUCUUGGCAAUGACCCUGAAUUGGACCCCAACAGAGAACCUGCCCCUCCCACGAGGGCUCUAGACAAGCCCGUUCCCCGUGUCGGCAAGCGGGAUGCCCCCAAGGAGGCCCCCGCCCAGGCUCGUACUACCGAGUCUGCCCCCCGCCGUGGUGGACGCCCCACCGGCAACGAGGCCGCUUUCCGUGACCGCAACGCCGGCCGUAACAACAACCGCGAGAAGCCCGUCGAUGAUGGCAGCCAGCCCCAACGGCGCGAGGGCCGCGGUGGCCGUGGUGGUCGCAGCGACCGCCAGUCCCGCACUGGUCAGACUGACUCCCGCAAGCAGGUGAACCAGGGCUGGGGUGGCCAGAGCGGUGACAAGGAAUGGGCCGACGAGAAGGCCGCCGAGGCCAUCGCCCACAACGACGAGACCGAGCCCCAGACCCCCGGCGAGGAGGCCAAGGAGGCUGACAAGUCCAAGUCGUACAACGACUACCUGGCCGAGAAGGCUGCCCAGGGUGACCUGAGCGCCAAGCCCGUCCGCGCCGCCAACGAGGGCAGCAAGGCCGACAAGAAGUGGAACGAGGCCAAGGAGCUCAAGCGUGGCGAGGAAGAGGAGAACUACUUCAAGGGCAAGGAGGACAAGAACAAGCGCGAGAAGCAGCGCAAGGAGAAGAACUUCCUUGACGUCGACCUCCGCUAUGUCGAGGCUCCCCGUGGCGGCGGUGCUCCCCGUGGCCGUGGUGGCCGUGGUGGUCGCGGUGGCCGUGGCGGUCGUGGCAACGGCCCCCGUGCUGCUGACCGCGCCCCCGGUGCUGCCCCCGUCCCCGUCGACGAGAAGAACUUCCCUUCUCUGGGCAAAUAAAUUCGGCUUUCCACCGUUGUCUCCGUCGGGGGAUCCCAGUUUCAUGAUGUUUCAGGAAACGCUCAACAGGGUUCAGCCUUACAAACAUAUCACACCCACAUAACCACCCAAAAGGAGAACAAAAAAAAAAGUAAAACGAUCGGAGAGAAACCACUUUGCGAUAUUGCCUCUUCCUGGUAAAAUGACGCGAUAUGGAU